UACGUCCCUAUAAAUAUGUUCACUGACCUCAAGCUUUUCAUUCCCAACCAACGAAGCUCCGACCACCACACCAUGGUUUUCUUUUGCUUUAUGGUGGAUCAGAAGCGGAAGGUGCGCCGAAGUAGGCCGGCCCCUGGAAUUUGCGCCAGAUGCGGUGGAGGAGCCAGCGUUGCCGAUAUGAAAACCGCUGUUAGAUUCUGUCAUGUUCCAUUUUAUUGGAAAUCUUGGAGAGCCCUCAUCUGUACCUUUUGUGGAUCUGUUCUUCGAUCUUAUCGCUAAUUUAUUUAUUUCCUUCCAUUUUUUCAACGUUUUUUUUUUUCAUCUAAGACACUAAUUGUAAUUUAACAUGCCUUAUUUGUAGUCGGAAUUUGUUCAUUUUAUAGCUCAGUGGCCUGUUCUUUUUUUUUUUUUUUAUCUGCUUCAAAGAAAGGAUGAAGGAAAAGAAUACCCAGAAGAAUCUGAUUUAGAUAUAUUAUUUAGUGGGAUCAUUUAUCAAUUUUAAUUUCAUGGGCUAUAUUAUAAUUGACUUGAUCGUGAAAUAUUUUUCAAUGUUCAACAUUAAUUGGGAAAUCA